CAAGGAGCUAAGAAGCGCCGUGGGCGUCCCCCUCGGACCUCUGGCGAGGCCGGAUCUCCCAGCCAACCCGCGGAAGCGCCGGGCUCGACCAACCCCCGCAGACGACAUAAGAAAUCGCCUCAACGUCGCACUUCCUUCGAUACCAACCAACCCUCCCGGCAACAGCAGCAGCAACAGCAAGACCAAGAAUCCGAGAACGAGCCCCAACCACCUCCCCCCUCAAGACCCCAUCAACUAACCACACUCACCCGACACAUCCCGCGCACCACCAUCGCCUCCAAAUGGGCCCCGCUCUCCACACCCUCCAUCAACGCCAUAUCCUCCCUCCUCCGAGACAGUGCCCGGCCGGUCCUGCACCGCCUUCGCGAGCGCGACCAACGACACGCCCAAGCGGCCUCCAUUCUGCGCACUUUCUCCACCCGACUACACGCCAAGCUCGUCAAGGGGAUGCCCUUCCCGCCGCCAGCGGUGCCCGCGCCCAAGGUGAGGGGGAGGAAACCCAAAGAUGGUGGAGACGGGGGUGGCGGUGGUGGUGGUGGGGGCCAUGAGACGGAGUUGAACUUUGAGAAGACGGUUGACGCGAUUGCUGGGUUGGAGAGGGCGCUUGAUCCGCUGCUGCAUAGUGUGGUGUUGUUGAAAGGGGAGAAGGAGCGGGAAGAGAAGGCGCUGGAGAGAGAUUAUGAGAAUUUGAGGCGGUUGGAGGGGAAUGCGAGGGCACAGGCGAGGGGUUGGAGAGAGGGGAAAGGGAAGGGGCGAGAGCAUGUUUUGGUCGGUGGGAUUGGUGCUGGCGAAGGUCGGGAUGAGGAGAAAGGCGAUGGGUUGAACGUUGUGUCGAGGACGGCGGGUGUUGAAGGUGGCGGUGUUUUCCAGGACCUACAAGACGAAGCGCUUGUCGCGCUAUCGCAGCAGAUUGGGAACCACAUGGAGAGUAUGAAGAGCAACCUAAGUCAGAUCGACGGUGUAUUACCGGCUAUUGCGAGGAGCAGGGCUGCACUACAGGGAGCGCUGUGCGAACAUCUGGAUCCGGAGCAGUAUGAACAGGUUCUGCUUGGGUAG